AUGGCCAGGUGGAAGUCGAACAUCAAAGCAAGGAAGGCCAGUAAAACUGGCACGGACGAGACUAGCAAAGAUGAGCCUACAAAUGAGGACCAAGAUGGUGAAGCAGUCACUUCCAGAGAUUCAGUAUCCAGUCAGCUGGACCUGAUGGUCCCCGUGACUUUGCGGCCUCUCGAUCAGCGCCGAUUCUGGAUUUCCGCAAGGCUUGAGGCUCUGGAUGGGCGGCUUCUAAUUCUGGAGGCGAUUUAUACAGCCUGGGCGGAGCGGUAG